UUGGUCGUGGCUCAGCACGCUCCAUUGUUCCAUCAGCCCGUUUGUUCGCUUGGUUUCCUGCACACAAACAAAACUUUCCUGCCACUCUGGGCAAUAUCGGGCUUCUGUGUGCUUUGACAACCCGAAAUAUUGGAAUCUCUGACUUUUUCUUCAGGAAAAAAGAUAAAGUCAGUGUUUUUUUGGCAGGAUGUACAGCUUCAUGGGAGGUGGGUUGUUCUGCGCCGGAGUCGGGAACAUACUCCUCAUUGUCUCCACAGCAACUGACUACUGGAUGCAGUAUCGUCACUCCAGCAAUUACAUGCACCAGGGACUGUGGCGGUACUGUGUGCCCGGGAAAUGCAUGACACACACAGACAGCAUCGCCUACUGGGAUGCCACCCGGGCCUUCAUGAUCCUCUCCCUGCUGGCUUGUUUCAUCGGCAUUGUGAUCGGUGUCAUGGCCUUCAUCCACUACUCCUCCUUUGACGGGUUUGACAAGACUUUUGCAGCCGGCAUCCUCUUCUUCAUCUCCUGCUUCUUUGUGUUGCUGGCCAUGGCUGUCUACACAGGAGUGACAGUGAACUACUACGGUAAACGCUAUGGCAGCUGGCGGUUCUCCUGGUCCUAUAUAAUGGGCUGGGUGGCAGUGGUGCUCACAUUCUUCUCAGGUAUCUUCUACAUGUGUGCCUACCGGAUGCAUGAAUGCCCAAGAAACUCUAAUUCACGCUGACCUGCCAAAGACAUCAACAAACACACAUACAGACAUCAGCAUUGGUCCAUAAUUUAUGGCCGAGAGGAACCAAUCAACACCCCUGUAAACCUUCCAAACACUUUGUGUUAACCUUCAUGAUCAAGCAAAAUAAAUGAUGAAAAAGACUGUUGUCUGUAUUGUAUUGUCUCUCUACUUAAAAGUGAAUGAAAUGCAAGAAAGAAGAAGUGCGCAAGACAAACUGUGACACCAGGAUUGGAGCUGAUAAAGCCUCUUGUACUUUGGAGUCUGUUGGGAAACCAUGACAGAAUGACGUGUGUUUAAUAGCGACAAACAUCUUCUUUUAGAGGGUGAAAAGUCUGUGACUCAUAUAAUUGCUCAAGUGCAUUAAUCAGCUGAAUGUGUUUUAAAAUCAUAAAUCAACGGCUAUUUAAUAGGAAAAGAUUUAUGUAAUGAAAUCUACUAAAAACAAGAUAAAUGGCAAUGUUAGAAAUGACCUGAACUCAGCAUAACAGUGAUGUCACACUGUA